UUCUGAAAGAUGUCAAUAUGACCGUUAAGUUGAAAUAUAAUAUAAUAUAAAAUUUAAUAAUAUAAUAUAGAAAUAAACACAAAAAAAAACUCAAAUAAAAUGUAAAACAACUAGUACUAGAAUAAUAUCCAGUAACUUGCCAUCCAGAAAAUAUGAAGUAAAUUCGUAAGAUAAGUACGCUUGAAUGAAACCUUUUGGCUAUGGCGGUGAUACCCAAGUUUGUUCGUGGGGUUAUGGUCCCCAGUGUGAUGUCGAAGGCCAACGUGUUACGUUACUCUUAUGGGCUGAGUGACGUGUCAGUGCGGUUCCAAAGCGAUUGUUGUCCAGAUAGCGGCGGUGAUAAGAACCAGGGAGGUCCCACCUUGUACGAUUGUCGCAAGUUAGGUCACAAUCUUUCAACCAAUAAUGUGUGUCCCGGUUUUGAAACUUUGCGCAACAUACCGACUGGAGUCUUCAGGAACACGACAGGAGAGAUGCUCGGCCGCAAUGCAAGCAAAUGCCAAUGCUAUCAGAAUCCAGAAUACUUUUCCUUCCAUCAUAUGAGUUUUUAUGACCUCAACCUUGGCUUAAGACAAUACCGCAAGGCUAUACCCAAGACUAGGAGGAAACCUAUUGUUUAUCGACCACCCUGUUGAUCAUCAUGUUAGCAAAUCAAUAUAUCCCUUAAGUCAACCCCUAUAAGGUAGUAUUUACAAUUUUUAAUUUUUAGAAGAAAUAUUUUUACUUUUGAUAAUGACCAUUUACUUCUACUCCACUCUUACGGCAUUCUAUGUCACAUUUCUUCUAGCUCUAUUCAGUAUACUUACACUCGAAAAUGAAUCUAGUUCCUAAAUGUGAAGACUUAAUUUAGAUUAAGCCUUUGCAUGGGGAAAUAUGCGAGCUGAGUUUUUGUACUCUAGACUUUAAUGUUUAGAGACAUAAGGGUCAAAGUGUGCUUAAGCUGUUUAGUAUUUUGGCCCUUAUGCCUCUAAGAUGCAGAUUUGAAUAUUGAUUCUAAAUUAUUUCUUCCAAUAUCAGUUCUAUAAGCAUUUUUAUGAUCUUCAUUUUCUUUCUCCCGAAGUUAUUCAAGGUUGGUGCUAUACGUUGUAUUUUUCCAUUCUCCUAUCUCAUAUCUAUCUACUAUCACAGACUCGUAAUUUUCUCACACAAUCUGUCCAUAUUCUUUUUAAAAAAAUAUAAGGAAUAUAAAAAAUAAAGGCUGGAUUUCCCCUUUAUUCUAAUCUUAGUAGAAACACAAUUAUAGAGAUUUCGUUGCCAAAAACAUUCUUUUAAAAUUAAUAAUGAAUUGAAAAUUAUUUGAGGAAUGUUUGAAGUGACGUGACAUUUAUUUAUUUGUCAUUAAGGUCUAUUCUCACUUUUCUUGGAAAUAUUCAAUUGUCAGCUAGUUAAAAGAUUAUUUAUAGCAC